CGUGGAGGGUGGGGCCCCUGGGACUCUUCCACCGAGUUCUAUAGGUUCGCUUGGCCACCCGCCCCUUGUCCACCGAGGCAACGAGGCCGCCUUACGCCCCGCCCCCACCCGCUUCAUUGGCUCGGGCGACCCGCCCCUCGAUGCCCAUUGGGCUCACGGAAAUCGAGCUCAGGUUCCCAUUGGCCAGGGGGCGGGCCCACGCGAGAGCGGAGGCGGUGGUGGCGGCGGCCCCGGGAGCGGCCGAAGGGGCUGAGCGUAGCCCCAAGGACCCGCGAGGAACCGGCGGCCCGAGCCAAGCUCUGGGCCCGCGCCGGGCUGACCUGGCCACCAUGGAAGACGGAGUCUAUGUGCCCCCAGACCUGACCCAGGAGGAACGCCUGGAGCUGGAGAGCAUCCGCCGGCGGAAGCAGGAGCUGCUGGUGGAGAUCCAGCGCCUACGGGAUGAGCUGAGCGAGGCUAUGAGCGAGGUCGAGGGACUGGAGGCCAACGAGGGCAGCAAGACCCUGCAGAGGAACCGCAAGAUGGCCAUGGGACGCAAGAAGUUCAACAUGGACCCCAAGAAGGGCAUACAAUUCCUCGUGGAAAAUGAGCUGCUCCAGAACACCCCAGAAGAGAUCUCCCGCUUCCUGUACAAGGGCGAGGGCCUCAACAAGACGGCCAUUGGGGACUACCUCGGGGAGCGGGAGGAGCUGAACUUGGCUGUCCUCCAUGCCUUCGUGGACCUCCAUGAGUUCACGGACCUUAACCUGGUGCAGGCACUCAGACAGUUCCUGUGGAGCUUCCGCCUUCCCGGGGAGGCCCAGAAGAUCGACCGCAUGAUGGAGGCCUUUGCCCAGCGCUACUGCUUGUGUAACCCCGGGGUCUUCCAGUCCACAGAUACCUGCUACGUCCUCUCGUUCGCCGUCAUCAUGCUCAACACCAGCCUCCACAACCCCAACGUGCGCGACAAGCCGGGCGUCGAGAGGUUCAUCACCAUGAACCGAGGCAUCAAUGACGGCGGGGACCUGCCCGAGGAGCUGCUCAGGAACUUGUACGACAGCAUCCGCAACGAGCCCUUUAAGAUCCCAGAGGAUGACGGCAACGACCUGACGCACACCUUCUUCAACCCCGACCGCGAGGGCUGGCUCCUCAAGCUGGGGGGCCGGGUGAAGACCUGGAAGCGGCGAUGGUUCAUCCUCACCGACAACUGCCUCUACUACUUUGAGUACACCACGGACAAAGAGCCCCGGGGGAUCAUCCCCUUGGAGAACCUGAGCAUCCGGGAAGUGGAGGAUCCCCGGAAGCCGAACUGCUUUGAGCUCUACAUCCCCAACAACAAGGGCCAGCUCAUCAAGGCCUGUAAGACAGAGGCAGACGGGCGAGUGGUCGAGGGCAACCACAUGGUCUACCGCAUCUCGGCCCCCACACAGGAGGAGAAGGACGAGUGGAUCAAGUCCAUCCAGGCCGCCGUGAGCGUGGAUCCCUUCUACGAGAUGCUGGCGGCCCGGAAGAAGAGAAUCUCCGUAAAGAAGAAACAGGAGCAGGCUUGAUCCCUGCCCAUCCCCAUCCUGUCCCCCACUUCUUCCCUAGGCAAUAACCCCACUGCCCCUGCCCUGGCCCCUGGCCCUGCCUUCCACUUAUUUAUUGGGGGCUGAGGGGCCGGACCCCUGGGUGCCCUAGCGCCCUCUCUUGGGGCAAAGGAGAAUUUUCUACUCGUGCUUUCUCUUCAUUUAUUUGUAAUUAAUUCAUGAUGAUGAUUAUUAUUAAUAUGAGGACUUCA